AUGGCUAGCUUUAUUCGGAAUGGCGGCCAACAACACUGCACAAUGAUUACCUACCACCAGACCUUGCAUAUUAAUUCCGUUCUGCUUAAAUCGCAUGACAUCCUGAACUAUGCGUCCCAUUCCUUCGGCUGUCAGGGAUCCGCAAAGACGCCUUCUAUGGAUAUUCUUCAAUCCAUUCCCACUGGCGAUACGAUUUUUCUACGCCACUGGAGUUUCUUGGUCAAUGCUUCUCACGUUGUAUACACUGCAGACCCCAUCUGUAUUUCAAAUGUUCCGAACGUCAUUUCAUCUGGUUCGUCAAAUUGGCCAAGCGUUGAGGCGCCCAACGAGAAUCAUUUCAAACUCUUUAGUCGUUGGCAGGAGAGUUUCUCAAAGGAUGGCCAUCAGAGAUCCCAAAAUUCGUUUCGGCCCUGGAAUAUGCUUCGCCUCAGCUUGGCCCGAGUGAAGGAUCAAGAAGUGAGAGGAGCAGAGGGUAAUGCUGUCGGAAAGAGUCAGCCUACAGAGUUUUUCACACGAGUAACAAACUCCCCAACACCUCUUGGUACCCUCAUUCAAGAGCUAAGGACUGGAAUACCACCUGUAGUAGUUUCCUUUCAACUUUCGCUUAGGAGUAAUCAAAGUGUAAUUCGCAAAAGUUACCAAGUUCAGCCCCUUCACCACUUAAGCCUAAAGAGGAAGGCGCCAGCGAGGGGAGCACCAACAGUAUUCGCACGGCAUAUCACACAGCUAGACCGCGCAACGCCAAACAAUGUACUCUCCUAUAACACGCAAGCGUUGCUAGGUGAUGAAAAUGUGAAAUGCGGGGCUCUGGUGCUCCAGCCCGGAAAUAUCGGUAUUCUAUCAGCCUAG